GCUGGGGGCGCAGUGAAUGAGACUAAAUCAGCCUCUUUGAUAGCUCACAAAGCUAGGGCCAAAGCUUCCUACAUUGGCUACAAGAUUCGUAGGCGUUGGUGCCAUGCAACUAAGGAUCAUCACGCCAGGGCCAUCCAGUCAAUUGCCCGAGGAACUGUUGACUCACCGGGUGGAUCAUUCUGUGGACGUCUUCCAUAAGAAAAGUAGACCAUAUGCCAAAAUAAGUGUUCCUCCUGGCUACACUGAAAAUCAAGCUUUGUGCCAGCAAUUUGGCAUUUCACCGCACUCGCUCCUCUGCAUGGAACCUGCUCUAUGGCGACAGCAGAUUGUAGAUCAGGUGAUUUUCGAUCUCUCGAAGGAGUGCAUUCAAAUCAACUUAAUCAAUGGUUCAAGCUCUCUAUACUCCUUCGCCGAAUGCCAGCAAAUUUUCGAUCAGCAUGCUGGUCUGCAACCGAAAUCUUCACCAGCCUCCAGGAAAUCAACUCUAUACUCUAAAAUCAAGCCUGUGUUGCUUUCGCAUCUAGAUCCUCUCAUCUCACGUAUCCAACACAACAGUCAUACUGCUGCCGAUCUGAAGCAACUAUGCCGGAUGUCAAGCUAUCAACUGGCUAUCUUGAAGAAAAAGGCACGUCCACAUCUACUUACGCCUACUAUCGUGCAGGUGGCACUAGACGAAAGACGUGCCAAGCAAGAGAAAGCCAAGCCAACCUUACCCAAGAAAAACACCGUCAGAAAGAAAACAUCCUCCAUCCUAGGGGCCUCGUCGAAGAAUCGCAAAUUACGAAUAAAAUCAGCUCCGACACCUGAAAACGAAAACCCACCUUCUGCACUGCCUGAUUUUACGAGUACAUUUCAAUUGGAAGCCGCAGAUCUACAUCAGCUUGCUUAUCAUUUGUCUGCCUAUCGAUCAACACUUGUCGACUUUUUCCAAUCCGCCGUUCUUCCAAUUUUGAGGGCUGAACUUCCGCAGCUUUACUCACUCUGGGUUUUGGAAUCACAAAUUCAAUUACAACGAGAAUCCUUCCAAGAACACUCUCUUCAAUUGGCCAACAUUCUACACGAAAAUCACGCACUGGAAAACUUUCAACGACUUCAUUCUACACGCUAUCAGUCGGACUUGCUGCGUGAUCUGAAAGAGUGGUGCCAGGCUGCUACGGUUGCGCACUCUUGCGAGCAAGAACUCUCUUCAGCAGACACCAGCCUAAACGAGCCAUUUCCUAUCCACCAGACCGUGUUGAAAUCUCCCUUGUCUAGUCCCAGGGGUUUGAUAAGCAGAGCAGACACUAUGUCGAAAGAUGCAAAGACCUUCUCGCAAAGCACACUACGAACCCUUCCUGUGACAUCGAUAUGGCCCGUAAUUAGUACUUCGCCAAGUGCGCCCUUGUCCAAUAACCUUGACGCCGAAUCACGAGUUCAUGUCGAUAGCAAUCGCUUCAGCCGAGAGCGGACGCCUUCAUUGUCACCACCCUCGAAAGUGCUGUCCCAGUCCCGAUUUCCGCCUCAUUCGAUUCUCGAUCUGCCUUUCUUGAUCUUGGAGCAAGGAUUCUUAUUAUCAAUCAAGUCUGAAAAGCAGAGGCAGUUGGCGAUUGAGAUUGGAAUCAAGUUGGCGGAGGAGCGAUUGGAAAUCGAGAAACUGAACGAGAGCUUUCUUAUUUUGAAACUACUUGAAGAAGAGCGUGACGCUCGAGAUCAGUUUUCAGGAAUCAGUCGAUUGUCUGACAUCAUUACGACCUCUCGUCUGUCCGCCGGUUUGCAUGGAAGUGAAGCUAAUAUCGCUCAACACGCGACGAUCAAAGGAGCGCUCGCGGGUUCUAAACCAAUACCGGUUGAUGGCAGCGGCGCAAACGCAGACACAUCACCCAAAACAUCGUAUCGACCGCCGAGCAAAUCAUCAGAGUUGAAGAGACGACAGUGUAUCAAAAGAAAGACUUGGCUGGCGGCCACUCGACGGCUGGAUUGUCGAUUGGUUGGCCAAGAUCAACACGCCCAUGAAAUGCAGGUCUGGCCGGAGCCCAUCUUUCUGAAAAACUCCAACCGAAAAAGACGGAAAGAUCGAAACGGCUCGGAAACGGGAUCGAGUUCAGUGUCAGAGGAUGGAUUACGUUCUUCGGAGACGAAAAGGAGGAAGCGUGGAGGGGAGUUGAUUGGAGAAAUUGUGGAGAUAGCGCAAGACGGAAAGCGCGGUGAUAACGCCCAAGAUUUCGGGCAACUGGCUUGGGUCAAGCUUGCGACCAACAACAGCGAUCCUGGCACCAGCGAUCGGAUUCUAGUGUCUGCACCCAUCUCCGCCUCCGGUUCAAUUGGCAUGACCGUCGACUCAGCCACCAGAUCGGCAACAAACUGGCUGGUAAAUCAAGAGGUGAUUGCAGAGCUUCCGCAUCCCAUUGAUGAUGAUGGCCCUUCGAGCCCAGGCUCGAAAACGCUGGAUCAAACAUCGUCGGUGGGUGAGAGGUCGGAGGAAUUGACAAUGGAGAAUUUGAAGCUGUUCACUCAAAAUGAUAAGGUGUUUGAAAGCUUGACGGGUGAAUGCUCCAAUGGAAACCAAAGUGAAGUGGAUUCAGAUUGGCCCCGAUGACUCAAUCCUUACUCUCCCCCCCCCCCCC